AAAUUGUAUUUCUCACCAGGAGAGACCGUGAGGCAGAAUUUGUUCCAGUCCAUCAAUUCGGCUCUGGUUCGCCUGGCCACAGAUGACUCAGCUGUGAUAUUUGGAGAGGACGUCGGCUUUGGAGGAGUCUUCCGUUGCACAGUUGGCCUGCAGGACAAGUAUGGAAAGGAUCGGGUGUUCAACACUCCCCUAUGUGAGCAGGGCAUUGCAGGCUUUGCAAUUGGUGCUGUUGGAGGAGCAACAUCCAUUGCUGAGAUGCAAUUUGCUGAUUAUAUUUUCCCAGCUUUCGACCAAAUCGUAAAUGAAGCCGCCAAGUACCGCUAUCGUUCGGGCAAUCUCUUCGACUGUGGGAAGCUGGACCAUUCGCGCUCCUGUGGGGCUGUGGGACAUGGAGCGCUCUAUCAUUCGCAGUCUCCUGAGGAUAUUUCGCUCACACUCAGGCCUCAAGGUAUGGGUAUUGUUGUUCCUCGUGGCCCCAUCAAAGCGAAGGGCCUCCUACUCUCAUGCAUUCGGGACAACAAUCCGUGCAUCUUCUUGGAGCCGAAAGUGUUGUAUCGCUCGGCUGUCGAGAUGGUACCCACUAAGGAGUACACACUCCCCCUCUCUACAGCGGAUGUUCUUGACGAAGGCGAUGACAUAACUCUCUUGGGAUGGGGUACCCAAGUGCAUGUCCUCAGAGAGGUUGCACAGAUUGCUCGACAGCAGCUCAACGUGUCCUGCGAAGUGAUAGACCUUGUCACCAUCCUUCCCUGGGAUCGCCAGACAGUUUUCAAUUCUGUGAAGAAAACAGGCCGGUUGAUUAUUGCGCACGAAGCUCCAAUAACUAAUGGCUUUGGGGCAGAAAUAGCAGCAGCAGUACAGAAUGAAUGUUUUCUUCACCUGGAAGCCCCCAUCGAGAGAGUGUGUGGCUUUGACACUCCCUUCCCUCAUGUCUUUGAGCCAUUUUACCUGCCAGACAAGUGGCGUUGCUUCAGUGCCGUCAAGAAGUUACUUAACUAUUAAUAUUUGGGGUUAACAAUAACAGUUGUGCAGUUGAUGAUAUUAAGGUUGUUUUCCAUUUGGUAGUUAGUCUCAGUAACAGGUACAAAGGAAGAUAUAAAUUUUGAUUUAGGCAAAAGUGUGAUCUUCCAGGGUCCGCAACUUGUGUAAUUGUAUUACUUCAUUUUAGAUAGGUAUUUUUUAUGUAAAAUGUGGUUGGACUCCAUUGUCUUUGCUCACCUGGUAUGCCAUACUUCUUGUUUUUAGAGGUUUUUACAUAUAAAAGGGAAGUACUAAAGCCUUGGGUGUAUAUUAUAUUUUGGUAGAUUAAAUUUGAUAGGUAUGUCUUCACUUUGGUAUUUUGAUGUGAGGAUGGCUCAGAAUGAACAUGCUUCGUUUGGUAUUUUUAGUCAUUUGGUAAUAAAUUUAAACAAUUGUGUCAUUAGUUCUUUGGAGAUUAAAGUUACUGUAUCACAAAUGUACUUAAGGCAGCUUCCACCAGCUUGUAUGUGUGUAUGUUUAUGUGCUUGCACUAAUACAUCCUCAUACAAAGAAGCACACACAUGCAAUGAAUGUACACAAUUU